AUGGCGCUAACAAACAAAUUUCACUUUUCUGGAUCUAUCAAAAGCUUGAGAUUUAGAAUUGUUGUGCGCAAAACUUCCUUCGACAUCGAGAAAGAUAAUCUCAAUUUCGAUGGUAAUGGUUUGGCGUCCCAGAUAGAAGAAACUAUAAUUGAUUGGGUAUCAUCAGAACUAGAAGGACAGAGGGAGAACAAAAUAGUAUCUUUCAAGUUUUCGGACAAAGAGUCCAACUCAACAAAACUCAGAAACAUUGGCAGAUUCCAGAAACUUUCAAAAUCAGUAUGGAAGAUGUUUACUGAUUUUAGCACGGGAGUUCAUCCGGUCACUGAAGAUAGCGUGCUCAUGAAUAGGCGUGUGUUGAGAAUAUAUUUGAAUUCCAAGGAAAAUGUUUCUGAAAAAAACUGCUUAUGGAAGAUAACGGUUCAUGAGAACACUGUAUUACAGUUUGAACCUCCCCUCUCCUCUGGUGGAGUGUCUAUUCAUGGAGAUAUAGGGGAAUGCAAGGUUGUUUUAGAGGUAAUUCAACCAGGAAGCGAGGGCUAUCAAAACACAAAUUUAUUUCCAUAUCCAAUUGUUGUUCCUAUGCAAUUAAGCGUGCCAGAAAGAAUCGAACCAUUGGAUGAUAACUGUUCCAGUUUCACAUAUCAAAUCGCAAUCGAAAAAGCGAAAUAUUUUGAUAGAGAUGGCAUUGUCAUUCAUUGGGAAGUAUUCUUUGAAAACUCUAGAGCCACAGUGGUUGGACAAACCUUUGGAAAAACAUCGAAAUGUUUUAAAAAUAAGGAAAAUAACUUCUACUUCUCGGAGCUUUUUGUUGUCACAGUUUUAAUACCUAGAAACGAACCGAACAGUUUUGCAACUUUAAAACUUCGGGUAAUAUCAGAAGAUAUUUGGGGUCGUCAAUACCUCGAAGGACUCACAUCCACUUUUUUGAUACCUACUUCAAUACGAGCUCCGAUUGAGCUCAAAACAUGGAAAACUCAACCAAAUACACCUAAUGACGAACUACAGGAAUUCUUUCUGGGUCGACUAUCGAACGAAGAAACAAACGAUCAGUACAGAACAGCUAAAGGGCAGAUUAUUUAUACGAUAUCCAAAAUUUCUUAUGAAUCUGAACAAGAAUUCUCUCGUACACCUGUUAUAUCACCAUAUCCCUUGGAACAAUGGCGGUUAAAUACGAAAGAAACUGUACAUAAAACUCAUAAUCUCAAACUUCAGAUUGAAAUCAAGCUUGUUUUGGAGAAUAAUGAAAGUAUUGAUGGAAUUCGAAGAAGCAAGAUCACAGUUAUUGAAUGUUAA